CGACGUCAUUCGCUAUCGCUAUUCACUCACGUUCGAUGAGAAAUAAUCGUGAUCUCUGAAUAGAUUCAGUAAUUUUCCUGAUAUGUUUAGAGAAUUGGCUUAUUUUUUGAUAAACUAUGCGUUUCCUUCCUAAACGAAGGAGAGUGUGUUUUUGCUUCCUGGGAGGAUUAUAGCGAAGACUAUUAGAUAAACUAGUUCAUCAUGAACUGUCACCAAGUGCUAAGUGGUGCCUGUAAUUCAGGGGAUCAAUGUUUUGCUGUUGGAUCUGUGGAAGGAAUUCCAUUCACUGCGUAUGCAGCGGGAUGCAACAUUGUGAUAUUAGCAUCCAACUUUGAGCGAGUGCAGAUCAUCCCCGGUGCUAUCCACGGCUACAUCCGCAUCGGCUCCCUGGACUGCAGCACUGACACGGGGAAGAUUGCCGCAGCUUAUGGAGCUGAAGUGUGCAUUUUUGAACCAACUCCUUUGAUACAUUCUGCUGCUACCACACAUGGCCUAGAAUACCGUUGGGUGCAAACGGGCAAGUUGACAGCCGAUGGACCAAUCACAGCCCUCUCCUGGAACCUCGAGGGCACACGGCUGCUGACUGGCGGGAAAGUGCUGCAGCUGUGGCAUCAAGCGUCUCUGUACCACGAGGACAGCCAACCGAGUUCGGGCGUCACAUUCCAAAUAGGCGGGAGCGAUAAGGACGACAAACCGAAACAACAGGAGGAAGAUGAGACGAGCUGGCUGUGCGUGUGGCAGUGCCACACGGCGACGCCGACGCACCUGCUGGCGUUCUCCCCGGACGGGGUGCUGUUCGCCACGUGCGGCGCCCACGACCGCCUCGUCAAGAUCUGGUACCAGAACAAGGUACUCACGCAAGCGCAGAUGGAACACGCGCCGGAACUCACGUACACGUUCAUCUACGUGAGCCACCCGCGCGCCGUCACGCACCUGUCGUGGAGGAAGACCAGCAAGUACAUGCCCAAAGGCAGCGUCGGCAACGUACUCGUAACAUCCUGCGUGGACAACAUCUGCCGCGUGUGGUGCGAGACGCUGCUGCCCGAGGACGAGUGGGGCUUCGGCUGCGUGACGUCACACGCGCGGUCGCCGCCGCGCCGCCAGCGCGCCACGCACCGCCACAAGCACCGCUUCAUGCAGCGCCUGAAGCACAUGAAAACAUGUUUCCACAUCCGGCGCACGGCGGCGUCAUCGCGGCAGCCGGGCGCGCCGCUGCCGACGCUGCCGUCCACGUACAGCGCGCACGACUUCCACAACCCCUGCCACGGCACCUCGCACACUGGCGGUCUCCACUUCCACUUAGCGGCGUCGAUAAACGCAGAGACGGAUAUACCGCUAGUGCCGUCUCUCUCUGGCGGCGGCCGGUUCAUACUGCACUGGCUACACAACAAGGAAAUGCACUUCACCAGCCAGGCCGAGGCUAUACUGCACGACUUGACCAAAAAGAUUCUAGAUAAAGAAGAGAACGAGGAGGCCGGCUCGGGGUCGGAGAACAACGCGGCGCACGAGGGUGCGGAACACGAACAGAAACGGAGGCCGAGCCAUCACAUGGUGAAGAUGCAAUCUGAAGACAAAGACAACAGUAAUAGCGAUGAACACCAACCAGGCAGCGGCAACCAAAGCCACCCGAGUCUAUCGAACACCACGUCAAUCAACUCGAUAGCCACUGACGUCACGUGCACGCAUCUGCCUGAUUCCCUGGACGCUAAGAUCGAGGGCUUACUGAGGGACUGGCAUCAGAGCCCGGACUUGUUGUUCUCUAUACACCCUCUAGAUGGCAGCUUUCUUAUAUGGGUAUGCGAAUGGCUCGACGAGCUGCAAGCGGGCGCGAUUCGGCAGGCGCAAGUGUCAUUCUCUGCGCGCAUCCCGUGCGCCUUCCCGCUAGGCGACGCCACCACUAUGUGCACCCCAGCAGCCUUGUACCACGCCGCCUCGCAGCCUUUGUAUGUGAGGCGACGGACCAAGCCCGUGUCUGGUCCGCCUACCCAGCCGGAGACAGUGGCGACUCCGCUAGCGAGCGUGCAGGAGGAGAGAGAGGCCGAGUGGCCGCAGCCCCACAGUGACGACCAACAGACGGAGCCUACUGAGAACGGUACACAUACAGGUCCAACAGAAGAGCAGCCCACCCCGCAGCGCAAGCAGAGCCUGGCUGCAGAAGAAGCGGAAGCUCAAGAGGGCGAUGUACUGGACUCGGCUCCCGUCAUCUCCAUGGUGACCAACCACACCAACGGAACCCUCAACCUGUGGCAGCUCACGUUUGAUGACAAGAGCAAGUUCUCACAGGUGCUAUCAAUAGGCCACGCGUCCAGAGCAUCCGGCCAUAGGUUUAGAGUAAACGACAUCACAUGCCAUCCAGUAUUACCCCUGCUACUCACUACCAGUCAUCACAAUAUUUCAGAUAGCGAUAGAGAGCACAACAAAACGGCAGUAGACACGGCGGCGGCGGGCGGGCUGUGUUCAGAACUCAUCAUGUGGCGCGUCGAGUGUGUGGGCCCGCUGGGGAAAUCUGGUGGCGUUUCUGAACUGGCAAGAGUCAACUCGCCGCAUCUGUCUGCGUUCAGUAACGUUGCUUGGCUGCCUACGCUACUUCCUAGCACAACCCUCGGCAACUUAUCCAACUCGCCAUCAGCGUGCUUCGUGGCCAGCGACGGGGAGAGCCUGCGAGUGUUCCAGGCCGUCAUCGACGCUCGCACGCUAUUGGCUGAGAUAGCCACGUCGGAGCGACGCCAUAACAAUGUAAUGCAACACGACACAAUGUCGAUGUCGUCGGACUCAACCCUCCCGGGCGGCGGCGACGGCGUCCCACUGCACGAGCGCAUCAAGAUCGUGUCGCAGCAGUCGACCGCGCGGCCCGGCGCCGUCAUACAGCUGCACGCCAUCGCCGACGCCACGCACGACUGGCACAACACGCAGCUGCUGCACGUGUUCCAGGAGCAGCUCGUUACUGGCGAACGAACAACAGACCCAGAACCCGACACGUCCGAAGACGCGGCCACCAUCGCGAGCGGGCUGCCGGCCGCGCGCGCGCUCCGAGAGCCCUUCUACAUAGUGGCGCUGGAGCGCACGGACCACGGCUCCACGGUGCACAUGUGGCGGCUCACUGUGCACGAGCAUGAACAUCCGCACACUGACGACCUCACAAGCAGCAUGAUGUACGUGCCAGACAGCGCGCUCAUACAAGAGGACGAGGGCGAGUCGCGCAAGAACUCCGUGUCCAUGGACGCGCCGCCGCCGGGACACCAUGCUGGGACCGCCGAUACGCACCUGUCUAUCUCUACGAAGAAGGUGUGCGAAUGCCCACUGAACCUGCCCGACGGAGUGGACGUGAUCCAUGCUACCCCCGCGGCCGGCCACCUGAGCUCCGCGUCCAUCUACCCCGCCUGCCUCGCGCCCUACAUCCUGGCCACCGCCUGCAGCGACAGCACCCUCAGAUUUUGGAAGUGCAGUGUGACAAAGAAGGAAGAUGGAGAAUAUGAAUACGGAUGGAAAGAGUGGGAGAUGAUGAACAAGGACCAAGAGUCUGCUAUCGACAUUCCAGGCCAGCCGCUCCACAUAAGCGCGGCGUACAGCGGCCGCAUAGCCUGCGCAUACAAGUGCGGUCGCUCCUUCACUAGACCACGGGGAGUGGCGCCCAACGCGGGGCCUGGAUUGACGCCUAACUCGGGAGUGACGCCUAACGUGGGCUCGGGAAUAGGGGACGCGCGGUUCGUGAACCUGUGCGUUUGUGUGUACGAGUGUGAGAGUACUGGAGGUGCGGAAUGGCUGCUAGAGGACACGAUCCCGCUGCGCAACGUGAGCCUGCCGCGCGUGGGCGUGUGCGCCGACACGCAGAUAGACCUGUCGUACCUGCACGACACCGCCUUCCUGCAGAAGAGACAGCGGCUGACGCAGGUCCUCCAAACCCUAUCACACGAGGAAAGCCGCAACAACCUAAACGGGCAAACAGAAGCUCCCAAAUCUGCCGGCCUCCUAGCCGUACCUUCUUUCUCCACGCUCCAAUCCCUUCGCAAGAGCAUCAUGGAGAAUGGCAACACUUGCCCACUGACGCAGAAGCACCUGGUGCAAUUGGAUUGGGUGUCGAAGGAGGAUGGCAGUCAUAUACUGACGGUGGCGGUCGGGUCACGGGUGCUGUUGUUCACGCCGGUGUCGAGCGAUCUGGCGCAGGCUAAUUUGAAGGCAAUGAAAGAAUCAAUCAACAACAACCGUCCCAUCCUGCGCAAAGCCUCAUCCCUCGCCGCGCCGCUCUUCGUCGAAGAGAUCCGCUGGAUGCAAGUCCGUCGGAUCUCUCUCAAGACAGCUGACGGUCUACCUCCGUUACCUAUGCAGAUCUCGUGGGUGCGAGACGGGAUACUAGUGGUGGGGAUGGACUCGGAGAUGCAUGUGUAUUCGCAGUGGAAGCCCAAUUUGCAGCCGGCGCAGGCUAGCGGGAAACAACAGGAAGUGGAAGAAGGCACAGAAUCGCGUGCGCUCCGCGACGCGGACUUGCGAGUCUCUGCUCCACAUCUUCAACGCGUCUCUUCGAUCAAUCUACAGCUGUUAGAGCGAGACGCAAGACGCAGGAAGGCACAGCCGGACCAACCACAGCCUCUACUAGACUACAUGCCAGACUACGGUCUGUUCGAAGCGUCUCAGAUGGCGUGUCCCGUACUGCCCCAGUACCAUCCGAAGCAGCUGAUGGAAUUGCUCAACAGCGGCAAGAUACGAUGGGUGAAGGCUAUCCUCGCGCAUCUAGUCAGGUGCAUCGGAGGUACCUACACUGGCCGCGGGUCGACAGGUGAUGAAGACAGCUUAUCCAGACAGCGCGGCUGGUCGCGCUCUCGAACGCUGUCUGUGAGCUUCGCGGCCGGCGCUGGCUCGCCGCUAGAUGGCGUUGCUCAGAUAACCGAGGACGUGCAGCUGGACUACGACGAGAUCAUCUCGGUGCCGCCGCUGCCGCUGUGGACGCUACUCGUGGCUGACAAGGAGUCUGCGCACCAUCCUUCCACGGCGCAGGAGGCUAAGGACUACAACGAACUGUUCGAAGGCACGAUGGACACGGACGAGGAUCUAGACGCUCUGCUAUUGGCUGAAGAAGACGGCGUGGACCGACGCCCCUCCAUGCCCGAGAGGCAACCGCUGAGCCACUUCGGGCCUAGGCAGGGCCGCAUCCUCUCCCGCCUACUCACCCACACCCACCUACCAGGCCUGUCCUCCCUGGACCAGAUGCACCUGCUGGCGCUCGCGGACACCGUCUCCACGUGCGACGCGGACGUGGCCGAGCGCAUCUCACACAGCGCGCGCGCCGACCCCGCCGCCUGCCAGAACAACGAGGUCUCACCAGAUUCCCUAGACGACUGCGGCCUCCGCUUCCUUCUAGCCAUGAAGCACUAUGGCUACCUCCUCCGCUGCCUUCCCAUUGGUCAGCGGGCGGCGCUACAACGUGCGGGCGUCGGCACCUGCAACGUGGUGUGGGCCUUCCACUCGGAGAGCCACGAACAGCUGUUGCAGCUGAUACCUGGCUUUGCUAAAGGACAGCCCGUUUGGUCCACUUUGAGGGAGCUCGGAGUGGGCUGGUGGCUGCGCGGGCGCGACCUACUCCGCACGACCGUGGAACGGCUAGCCCGAGCCGCGUACAAACGACACUCGGACCCCAUGGACGCCGCGUUGUACUACCUCGCCAUGAGGAAGAAGGCGCUGCUGUGGGGGCUGUUCCGCUCGCACCACGACGAGAAGAUGACUGCCUUCUUCGCCAACAACUUCGCCGAAGAGCGGUGGCGCAAGGCGGCGUUGAAAAACGCCUUUGCUCUGCUGGGCAAGCAGAGAUUCGAACACGCGGCCGCUUUCUUCCUGCUUGGAGGAGCUCUGAAGGAUGCGCUAGAGGUGUUGCUAACUCGGCUGGGCGACAUGCAACUAGCCAUGAUCGUGUCCAGACUGUACGAAGCUGACAACCCACUGCCUGGCAGCCUGAGGAAACUACUCAUGGAUGAGAUACUUGGCGGCGAAACCGAAGACGGCAGCGUCAACAUCGAAGCCGCCCACCCUGACCCGUUCGCCCGUUCUAUGGCUCUAUGGGAGCUGAAGCGAUACAGCUGUUCGCUACAGACUCUGCUAGAGGGCGCGGGGAAGGGCAAGGGGGCGGAAGGGGAGCCCGUGCCGUCCGUGCAUAACUUCUAUGUGUAUCUGCGCACGCAUCCGCAGCUUAAGCGGGCUAUGAUGCCUACACAGGGAGGCACUGUAGCACUACUGCAACAAGACAACGAAGAAGGCAUCACUCGGCUGGAGCGCCGGCUUUACUUCCAAACCGCCCACGGCCAUUUCAAGGCGGGCUGUCCCGCCUUAGCCCUAGAGGUGCUCAGUAAACUGCCGUCGAAGAUUCGAGAAGAGAAGCCGAGGAAGGAAGUAGUGACUGAUGGAGCGGACGAUGACGUCAUCAUCAGCGGUCAGCUGAAUGCGGAGAGCAAAAAAGUGGAAGAACCGGCGAAGGCCACAAGCGUAGACUGGGGCGCCCCGAGCUUGGACCUCGACUGGAGCGCGCCCGUCAGCAAGCCUAAGGAAGAUGAGCUUGUGCUGAGCUGGGACGAUGAUGGGGGAGACAAAGGGUCCGACUCAGGCGCUUCCACGCCGCCUCUAGAAAUGAAGAUGGAUACCAAAGAAGAAGAGCACAAGCCGAAGGAAAGCAAGGAAGAAGAAGCGCCAUCUGUGGACAUCAUGGCGCAACAACUAAAGUUUGUGGCGUGUCUGAAGAUACUGAUGGAGGAGCUUAGCACGCUGGCUACUGGGUUCGAAGUUGACGGCGGGCACCUCCGCUACCAACUCUACAUCUGGCUUGAGCGCGAGGUGGAAGCCCUACGGCGUCUCUGCGGCUACGCCUCACCCGGCACGCCCGCCGGCGGGGAACUAAUAUGUGCCGACACUGAGCCGAAUCCACUGCCGGAUAAACCGACGCUACAUCAGCUGUUGUUGAGAGAGAAGGCGGACUUUGAGGCGAAGGUGCAGAGGGCGGUGCGCAGGAAAAAGUGGCUGAAAGCGAACGAGACCCUCCUCCGCACUCUCCUCUCCUACUGCUCCCUACAAGGCGCGGGCGGCGGCGGCCUCGCGUCCGUCCGUAUGGAGCUAAUACUUCUACUACAAGAGUUGGGACAAGACAAACAACACCAGCAGUUGUUGUCUCCGCUGCCGUUCCCGACCACGUUGCCGCUCUUGGCAGCCGCCGUGGCGACGAAUAAUACUGUUGUUGCCGAUCCGUGCAGGCAUUUGCAGUCAGUAGCGCACGACAUGCUAGCCACCAUCGCCGAGAUGGGCGUCGGCGGCACUACCACCACCCGCCUCCUGCACACGCUGCGCGAGCUGGCGGUGGCGCUAUCCGCCUGCAUCUACCAGAGCCUGUGCGACUCCGACACGUUCACGCUGCGCCACUCGCAGCCCCACGACCAUAGCAUAGCCGAGACUCCGGGAGCGACGCAUCACAUCAUCAGGACUCGACGACCUUCUACUGAGGAUCUCGUCGUCACCACGCCGCCCAAUAAGUGGCCAGGCGUCUCCGCGCUCCGUGGCCUAGCGCUACGAGCGGCAGAAGAAGAAGACUCUCCUCGUCUCCCCGUGUUGUUAGUGGAGGCUUUCGUCGCGGUGUACCUGGCUCUACUUGGCUGGGCGUUGGCGGCUAGAGACGCGCAUUUAUUGUACAGACUAGCGGCUCACACGAUGGACACGAAGACCCACGCGCAGCUGUUCGGCGGCGGCGUGCGCCGGCUGCUCACCAUGGCACAGUCCGCACCACAACCAAAGCUAGUGGAGCGCGCAGAAGGCACCUCAGUCUGGUCUUCACUCCGAGAGAAGCGGGCGCUACUCAACAUGAAGCUCCUGGGGCUGGGCCCGGCGGCGCCGCACAAACACAUCGAGGAGGGCAAGCCCACCUACCGGGAGCAGUUCGUGCCCCCCCACUGCAAUAUACUCACCUUCCUGCUCACUAAGCCGACAUCAGAGCAAGACCCAGACAACUAUGACUAUGACUCAGCUGAAUCUGGUGGCGAGGAGCCGGAGGAUGAAGAGAGUGACCCUGAUGAUGACGACAUCUUCGACACUAAUGUCAACAGCAAAAAUGAGUCAGCCCGGCGCCGCAAGCUGGUCAACACGGAACACUCGGACCCCGACUCGUACUCGUGGGUCGUGAUGAGAGUGUGCGUGCUGCGCCUCGCUCAGCACAAGCUGCAACACUUCCUGCAGCUGUGCGGGAUCGAGAUGCCAGAGCUAGCAACAACCUCCCCGAUGGUGCACGGCGCGCUCCGGCGAGUGGAACAGUGGCAUCAACAGCUGAACGAGACGCUGCAGGCCACGCCGCCGCCGCCCGACUACAUCCCCGGCUGCUUCCCCGAGCAGGCCAGCGGCCCGCCCAUUAAUAAAUACAGAUGUCUGCUGGAGAAACACAACACUCCGUUCAGUUCGGUCCAGUUCAGCGCGGCGCCCGCGCGCCGGCUGUGGGGCUAUCUGGUCAGGCAGGAGCAAGUGCAGGACGUGUUCAUCCGGGCGGUAUUCUCCCGCCGCCGCUCCCCAUCCCAAUGCAACGCGGCCGCCCCUGACGGAGCAAGGGGUGGCUGUCUGCCUACCCGCCGCGGGGACGAGGACUAUUGUAGUCCGCAGCGGAUUAUACAUAAGGAGCAUGACUCGAUAGCUGCGUUCUGUUUGAAUCCGGUGGGCGGCGGCCUCCUAGCCGUGGCCACGGCGCGCGAAGUGCAAGAAAUGGACGUGUCGCUCCUGCUCCGCGGCGGCGCCUCAUGGGCGGAGGACGAGUGCGAGGUGGACCUGCUGGCGCUCAGUGCUGACCCCGCCGCGCUGCCCGACAGCGGCUUCCUGCUCAUACAGCAUCAGGACAAGCCGAACAACGGUUCCGUGCCGGGCACCGGCAACAGUUCGCCGCUGAGCGCGCAGCCGCCCGCCGCGCCCGUCGGCCUCGCGAGCCAGACCGGCCGCGGCACUAGCGUCGUGAAGGGUCUACAGUUCCCGGGCUGCACGGACGCCAAGUACUGUCGGCUGGUGCUGCACCGCUCCAAGCUUCUCAUGAAACCGGUGCUGAAACACAAAAUCGACAAUAUUAAACGGAUGGCGGCGCAUCCUACUCUACCAUUGUACCUGACGGGCGGCGCCGACGGUUCAGUCCAGCUGUGGGAGUGGGGCCACCCGUCCUGUGUGUGGUCCCCACGAGCACCCGGCGCUUACGGCAAGGUGACCCGGGUCCGGUUCUCGGACUACGGCAACAAGUUCUGCGUGGCCGACGCGGACGGCAACCUGGCGCUGUGGCAGCUGCAGCCGCCGGGCCCGCAGCCCCCACAGACUACUGUGAAACCGAGGCCAUACUUCACUCACCAAUGCCAUAGUAAAGGAAUCAGCGAUUUCGUCUUCCUCGGAUCGUGCAGUUUAAUUGCUACUGCUGGCCACAGUUCUGAGAGUAAAAACGUUGCAAUAUGGGACACGCUGAUGCCAAUCAAGAAAGCUUUAGUUUGUUCCUGGACCUGCCACGAAGGCGGCGCCUCCUGCGUGGCCUGGGCCGCGUCCACAGCCUCCCUAAUCUCGUACGGGCGCCGCGGCGACGUGUGCGUGUGGGACGUGCGAACACGCACCGCGAGACACAAGCUGCACGCGCACCACACGGCCAUCAAGUGCGUGGCGCUGUCGCCUAAUGAGGACCGGUAUGCUGUGGGCGCGGCGGAUGGGGAUAUCAAGGUGUUCUCGAUGGGCUCGCACCAGCUGCUCCACACGUUCGCGGGCGAGCACGCGCGCUCGUCGUUCUUCAAGCACAUCGGACAGGGCGUCACGCAACUGCACAUCGACAACGCGGGUCGCCUAUUCUCGUGCGGCGCCGACGGCACAAUGAAGGUCCGCAUGCUGCCCGAGCGCGACGCGCCGCCGCCGCACCACCAGUAUUGAACACCUUGUAGAUGAGCCUGAGGCGGUUAGACGAGCCCCCACUAUACUCCUCGCAGAUGUCGUCAUUGUUGUUCACACGUUACGUACCAGUAUCACGUUAUAUUAUACCUGCAGCCGCGAACCUGCUUGUGAAAACUACUCUGUGACCGCAGCUUUACCCACGCACCUCGUCCUUCCGUGUGCUGCGCGGGUAAAGCUACAAAAUACUGGCCGGGUGGAAAGGAAAUUAUGAAAAAGAUGUUGUCUAUGGUUUGAUCGGAAUAGUUUUCAAAAACAAGUUCCCGGCUUUAUAAAGCCGUUAGACUAGUCACUUUAGUAGACGAUGUUGUAUCUUAUAUUAAAAAUGUAUUUAAAUUGUUAAAAGAAUCUUUAGUUAUUUCUAGUGUGAAAUAUUUGCUAUUUUUAUCAUAAUAUUAUUGUCUUAGAUUAAUGAGAAAGUUAUUUAUUUGCACUCGCUGUUAGAUGUACUGACCGUAGCGUUGGCCUAAUGGUGGAAGCUACGGAGGGAGAAUAUUAUUGAUGUAUCAAAUGUAUUUUAGGCAAUCAAGUGCAAUAAUACCUACUAAUACUUAUGAACCCAUUAUGUUUAUAUAAUAAUAAUAUUAUAGUAUAUAUAUAUAUUUAUAUUAGGUAUUUAUGUAUUGUAUAUAUUUUAUUUUAUAGGUAUAGGUUUAUAUAUUAUCUAUUAGUAUAUUGUAUAAGUAUAAAUUGUUGUAGGAUAUUAUAUUUAAGUAGUACAUAUUUAGUUUUCUUCGCUGAAAUUGUCUUAAAUAAGUUCUUUUUUUUUUUUGCACUCCCAUACAAUUUACUCCCUGUACCUCCUGUAGGUUGACUGGUAGAAAAUGCUUUUAGCAUUAAGUCCACCUAAUUGUACAUAAUUACUUUUGUAUAUUGUGCAAUGAAGAAUAAAUAAAUAAAAUAAACCCAAUCACCGACGUUUGAGCCUUCACUUAGAUAUAAUAAAUGGCCCUUAAUAAACCCUAGCUAGUAAUGACUGCAUAUAAGCAUACAUAUAUAAAUAUGUCUAACUUGUUAAAGCAUAAUAAUUGAUAGUUUAUCUAAUACGAAACGUUUCCAGUCGUGUAAAUCUUUGUUGGCUUACUUGUAACAUGUUUACUAAAAAUAUAUGAAGCGCUGCAAAUAUUCUAGUAGCGCUAAAUAUGUACCUAACUAACAUUUAACUUAUCUACUUACUAUGUGUACCUAUCUUAUUCCAAAACGUUUUAUCUGUUUAGGCUUAAGUACAUUCUUCUCUGGAACUUUUCGAUUCACCCUUUUCAUUCAUAUCUCGAGCUAUAUAAUUUUAUAACACAAAAUGAAGGCAAUAAAUUAUUUAUUAAAUGGAUAUCAUUUGCAAACAGUAUUAAAAGCGGUGUGGCGAUUGAGAUUUUUCGUUCACAAUAAUACGAUGUAAAGUAGUCAAUUGUUUAAACAAAUAUUUUGUGAGAUUGUGAUAUACCUAUGUAGGAAAUAAAUCUCGGGGAAUUUGGCAUUUUAUUCCAUACUCUGUCCCGAUUGUUUGAAUAAGUUUGUUGUUUAGACAAUGUUCUUAUUAAUUCCAUUUUCUCCUUUGUUCUGUUUGCUUUUGCGAAAAAAAUCUCUUUUUAGUAGUUUGUGCAACAAGUCACCAUCAACUUCAUCAUGCUUCAAUAAGAGCACUUUCACUAAAAUGUACUAACAAUAAUAUAAUCACGCAAUUAUAUAGCAUGAAUGAAUGCCACUGCUAACUUGUCGAUGUAAUUAGUAAAGUUGUAGCGAGCAGGUGCUUCAAUAAGACAGAUGGAAGUGUUAAAAGACGUUAUAGAUUCUGUAUUGUAUUGGUUGACUAUUUGUUAUGUUUCUUUAGGUUAAUGUUGUAAAAAUAUCACCAAAGUUACUUGAGUAAAACAUGAAUUGUAUAAUUUCGAUUGUAUGUAACAUAGAAAUGAGUUACCAGACGGAUAAUGGAAUAUUUUAUAUACUUUUACCAUCGUUUGUGUAAAUGUAAAUGCCAUGAAAUAAAUGUUUAUUUGAAAGCCAUCAAAUCAAAGGACCUUUUUUGUCUUGUUAGAUUCGUUUAUACAUAUUUGCUUUUUAACUCAAUCGCGUUUUACUUGUUUGUAUGGUGAUAGCUGUGAUGCGUACUUUUAAGUAGUUAAUUGUUUACAGCGGGAUCAUAUCCUAGAUAUGAUGAGCACAAUGUGUCAUGUGUGGCGUAGGAUUGAUUUUAAAUACUGAAAUCAUAAGUUUAUUAUUUAAAAUAUCAUGAAUUACAUUUUAUUCCCUACUUUACAGUCACACACCGCACUAUGUUAUUAUUAUUAUUUAAUUGGACAAAGUUCUUAUUAAUGCUUAUUUUGUUGUAUUUAUAAAGGAAACUUUUGAAUUAAAGGUUCAUGCGAAAACGUUUA